AUGAAGACUUCUGUUGUCCUUGCUGCCAUUUCGGCUGGUGGUGUUGUGGCCGUGCUGCCUCCGCCCCAGAACUUCCCCGCCUGUGGUACAACCUGCUUCGGAAAUAUGCUGAACCAAGCCUCUCAGCUUGGCUGUGGUGACUCAGGCUCAACCGAGGAUGCCGUUGACGGCGCUUGUCUCUGCAAGAAUCCUGACUUCUCUUACGGAAUCAUCGAUUGCGCCAAUGCAGCCUGCCCUGAAGGCGCAGCCCCAACGGUUGUUCAGUAUGGCGUUGACUGGUGCGCUGACCGAGGUGUUGUCGUCGGCGGUCUCAGUGCUACUGCCAGCUCUGAGUUCAUCUCUUCAGCUACUGCCACCGUCUCUGCUGCUGCUACUGCUAGCAGCGAGAGCAGCACGUCUCUUGGCUCAGAAACUGUCAUCGUGGCCACUACCACCAACAGUGACGGUUCUACUGUUACUACCACUUUCCCAGCUAGCUCGGGCGAGUCCUCCUCGGAGGUUGUGAUUCCUGUAUCCACGACCGAUGUGGAAGCGACUUCAACCAACAGCGACGGAUCCGCUGUGACUACGACUGUUGCCAGCACCAUCUUCUCGACCUCGACUGCUGCUGCAACUGGCUCAGAUUCAGCCACUGAUAACUCUUCAGCACCAGAGUCUACCUUUGUCACUGAGACAACAGCUACUAUCAGUGGUUCGACUGUGGUGACCAGCGCCACCGUCACCAGUACAGAUACCGACGCAGCCAGCAGCACGGGAGAAGCAGCUACCUCCACCGACUCUGACGGCGGCUCUCGCCCCACUGCUAUCCCCGUUGAUGCCAGUUUGUGGUACCCAAAUUUUUGUGGCAGGAUUUAA